AUGAGCGGACGACAUUUGGUGUCGUCUAAUCAUCUUCAACAACAGCAACAGAAUCCGGAAUCAAGUAUUAAUAAUAGAGGUCAUCAAGGUCAUUAUGCAGUGCACUCUUCACAACGUCCUCAUACAACUUAUGAAGAUGACAUCAUUGAACAUGAAGAUUUUGUUAAUGAUACAUCAACUAAAAUUGUUCAAAAUCGUUGUAAGCGAAAGCAGGUUCAAACUCAUGCACACAAGUAUAAUACGAGACAAAAUGUCCAUCGACUAUCUAAUAACUCACGGACAACAGCAGUUCAGUUCGAUUCUACCCAUUCGAUUCAAUCUUCUCAGUCAAAUCAAUGUAUGAAGUCUGAUCAGCUUAAUCAACAACAGGCAACAACAACGAUUGCCUCAACGUUAAAUAAUGAUCAAUUAACUGAAGAAGCUGAAAGAUUUGCUCGUACACGUUAUCCAUUUCCACCUUUUAUUGUUCGUUUUCCAUCAUCUAAUAUAAAAGAACAGAAGGUGUCGGAAGAACUAUGUAAACAUUUAAAAGAUAAUAAACAACUUCAAUUAGAAUUAAUUGGAUACCGUCGUUUGACUCUUACAGAGAAGAAUACAAAUAAUGGAAGACAUUUGGAUGAAUCAUUACAUUCACAUUUAGAAAUUUAUAGUGCACGGUUAAAUAAAAUUGUGGAAAGUAAACAAUUACUUAAAUGA